CCAAGAGAUUAGUAACAUAAAGUGAACUGAGAGAAAGGCGUGCUUCUGGAGGAAAGCUAACGAACUUGGUUUUAGACAGGUUGAGUUUGAGGGGCCCUUAAACUUGAAGGCAUGAGUCAAGUUUGGAGAAAGAGUUUUGGAAACUGACUCCAUAGGGGUGAUGGUGGAUGGCAGUUCUUGAAGGGCGCAGAGCGAGGUCAGUCAGAGUGGAGAAGGGAAUCGCGCGGCUUAACAGAGGCCGAGGGAGAGAGGCUUGUUUGGGAAGCGGUUGACCCAUAACGUUUCGCAAGUGCUUGCUUGGCAUCUGCCGGCGCAUAGCCCCUUGCAGUGAAACCUCGUCCCCUUGUUAACCCUGGCCCCUCCUGAAGCGGCAGCCCUUGGUGGACCCCACGGCCCGGCCCCUUCCCGGCUGCAGCUGGGCGGGCCAGGGCUGGGCGGGCUGACUGUAGAGAGGAUGAGCUGGGCCCAUCUCGUUCUCCUGUAACAGUUUGAACUAGGAAACGCCUGUGGGAACAGAGUUAGGUCUGGGCUACAGGAGGUCACGGUGUGCCCUCAGUUAUGGGUAAACACGGUUUGCGAGGACAGGAUAGGGUGUGGGGACGGGAGGCAGGAGGCGCAGCGAGGGCUGGGUCACGGCUGUGGUGGAGGACCAUGCCUGCGUCCUCUUGCCGUCGGGCCCGGCACCGUUCUGGCCCUUUCUGAGCUCAGGGCCUUUUGCUUUCUUCUGGGUCCUGUGCUAGGUACCCGUACAAAAUAUAGUUGCUUAGGCUCACAGAAGUGACACUCAGGUUUUCAGGUUUAUUUUUAGCAAACUUCACUAAAGCCCAAAGCAAAAGUUCACAUCCUAAGCGCUCCGUGCAUUGUCACCAAGUGAGCAGACAUGUGACCAGCACCCGGCUCGAGAAACAGAAGGCGGCCAGGACCAGUCCUGCCGAGGCCCUGUCAGGCUCCCUCCUGCUGGGAAGCCACCCUCCUGACACCUGCUCCCGGCCGCUGUGCUCAUUCGCUCUCACUGAGCAUAGUGCCCUCGGCCAUACCUUGACCGGACCGCAGCUUCCGGAGAUCUGGGCGGUUCGGCAGGCUUGUUGUUGGCUCAGCAGCAGGGCCAGGGGUCCGAGCCCUGAUCUGACACGACCCAGGGGUCCCGGCUUCCACCUUCUCCUUAGUCCAUUCUUGGUGUGGCCUAGGGUGAGAUUCCUUGUUGGUUUAAAGUCCCUUCUUACGGAGACUCCGAAAAUCCCGACGGACCUUUUCUAAAAAUGGAAGAGGCAGCCGUGUUUUUUAUCUGGUGUCAGACUGACCUCGGCCCGAGCUGGUUCCUUCCCUGCUGUGCCCUUGGCCUCAGCCCUGCUGUUCGCAUCUGGAAGGGGAGCGUGGUUGGGACGAUUGCCCAGGGCGACGUCUGUGAAGCCUGGGGACUGCUCACGCGCGGUCGCGUGCCCAGGUCGCCUGCCCAGGUUGUGGGCGCAGCGAGCGACAGCUCUUCUUAGGGAACCGGGCACCUACGCGUCUCCUCCGCACACGCCCGUGGCAUAGCUCCUGAUGAGCUCCGUCCCAUUUUUGUGCGGUGGCUUAAAUAUCAACUAUUUGGAGGGAAAAGAGUGGAAAUUGCCCCCUGUCGAGACAGCACACUGUGCCUGCAGUUUUCAUCGGUUGGUAAGGGGCAGGUGUUGUUGAGGUGACUGCCCCCGAGGGCCGCACUGGGCAGGCUGAGCUGCCUGCCUUCCUUUUUCCUGUAACCCUUCACAGCAAUGCCGGCCCCUUUCCCUCCGAGGGUGUGGGCUCUCCUGGGAUCCACGCUGCACCCAAGUGUGUUUAUGUGAGGUUCUGGUAAAUGUUGCAGAUUUAUCAAAAACUAGACUUACAACAUGCUUCCCGUAAAUCAUUGUGAACAUUACCGAGAAUGAAUGGAUCCUUGCAAGCCAUAGUGGCAAACAUUAGGUGUUCAAUAAUAGCUCUCACAGGGUUUUUAGACAUCAAAUUCAUUUCAUUCAGAACAAGUAUUCUCAUCAAAACAAUUCUGGGCAUCUACCAGAUCAGGCUGGGAAGGAGAGAUCAUCACGGUCCCCUUCUUUCUAGUGACAGUGCUCUGGAGAUGAAAUGCUCUAUUCCAGCAGGACCUGGUCUGUGAGCCGCUAUCUGGGGAAGUCUCCGAACGUGAGCUCGCUGCGGGCUCCUUCUUCCUGCUGCUGGUAGCAUCCCUGACUCUUACUCUGUGUUCCUUUCCCGCAGUGGGCUCGCUAGCCUAGGGCUGUCCUGGGCCAAGCGGGAGGUCCUUUGGCUCUCCUGGGGCCCCGCCGGGAGGAGGGGUGCGGGGGCUGACGCAUAACUCCAAGGCCGGGCGCUGACCACUGGACUUUGGAACUGUGCCCAAAGCCACAUUUCCGUGACCUAGAUUGGCUUCUUUGUUUGCCGGUGCUGGUCACCGGGCCCCUGCUUCUUCUGUUCAGCGACUCCCUGCCCUGACAAUGGCUGGACCCGCUAUUGAAUCCCAGAGCUUGAGUUCCUUCCGUGAGUUCUGGUUUGCUUCAUAUUCUGCUGAGUUUCAGUUUUGGGUACCCGAAGACUCUCCCUGGUCUCGGAUCCGCCUGGAUCCCGCAGGCCCAGUGCGUCCGGCAGUGACCCCUGGGCGGCGCCAGGCUCCGUGUGCUGUGUCGACUUCAGAUGCCGUCCAGGACCCCAGAUGAAGACAGUCAGUGUUGCCUUAGUUUUGUGCCUGAAUGUCGGUGUGGACCCUCCAGACGUGGUGAAGACCACCCCUUGUGCUCGUUUAGAAUGCUGGAUCGAUCCUCUGUCGAUGGGGCCUCAGAAAGCUCUGGAAACCAUCGGUGCAAAUUUACAGAAGCAGUACGAGAACUGGCAGCCACGGGCCCGGUACAAGCAGAGCCUCGACCCGACCGUGGAUGAGGUGAAAAAGCUCUGCACGUCUUUACGCCGUAACGCCAAGGAGGAGCGGGUCCUCUUCCACUACAACGGCCACGGGGUGCCCAGGCCCACCGUGAACGGGGAGAUCUGGGUCUUCAACAAGAACUACACGCAGUACAUCCCUCUGUCUAUCUAUGACCUGCAGACGUGGAUGGGCAGCCCGUCAAUAUUCGUCUACGACUGCUCCAACGCCGGCUUGAUCGUCAAGUCCUUCAAACAGUUCGCCCUGCAGAGGGAGCAGGAGCUGGAGGUUGCUGCCAUUAACCCGAACCACCCGCUCGCGCAGAUGCCCCUGCCCCCGUCCAUGAAAAAUUGCAUUCAGCUGGCAGCCUGUGAGGCCAACGAGCUCCUGCCCAUGAUCCCCGACCUCCCGGCCGACCUGUUCACGUCCUGCCUCACCACCCCCAUCAAAAUCGCCCUGCGCUGGUUUUGCAUGCAGAAGUGCGUGAGUCUGGUGCCCGGGGUCACACUGGAUUUAAUAGAAAAGAUCCCCGGCCGGCUGAAUGACCGGAGGACCCCUCUGGGGGAGCUGAACUGGAUCUUCACAGCCAUCACAGACACCAUCGCCUGGAACGUGCUGCCUCGGGAUCUCUUCCAAAAACUCUUCAGACAGGACCUGUUGGUGGCGAGUCUGUUUCGAAAUUUCCUACUGGCAGAAAGGAUCAUGAGGUCCUACAACUGCACUCCCGUCAGCAGCCCACGCCUGCCCCCCACGUACAUGCACGCGAUGUGGCAAGCCUGGGACCUGGCCGUCGACAUCUGCCUCUCUCAGCUGCCCACCAUCAUUGAGGAAGGCACGGCGUUUCGGCACAGUCCGUUCUUUGCUGAGCAGCUGACCGCGUUCCAGGUGUGGCUCACCAUGGGCGUGGAGAACAGGAGCCCGCCCGAGCAGCUUCCCAUUGUUCUGCAGGUGCUGUUGAGUCAGGUGCACCGGCUGAGAGCCCUGGAUCUGCUGGGGCGCUUCUUGGACCUGGGCCCCUGGGCGGUGAGCCUGGCCUUGUCUGUGGGCAUCUUCCCCUACGUGCUGAAGCUGCUGCAGAGCUCCGCCCGAGAGCUGCGGCCCCUCCUGGUCUUCAUCUGGGCCAAGAUCCUGGCCGUGGACAGUUCGUGCCAAGCUGACCUGGUGAAGGACAACGGUCACAAAUACUUCCUGUCGGUCCUGGCGGACCCGUACAUGCCAGCUGAGCAUCGGACCAUGACGGCUUUCAUCCUGGCUGUGAUCGUGAACAGUUACAACACAGGACAGGAAGCCUGCUUGCAGGGAAAUCUGAUCGCCAUCUGCCUGGAGCAGCUCAACGACCCCCACCCGCUGCUCCGCCAGUGGGUGGCCAUCUGCCUGGGGCGCAUCUGGCAGAACUUUGACUCGGCCAGGUGGUGCGGCGUGAGGGACAGCGCGCACGAGAAGCUCUACAGCCUCCUCUCCGACCCCAUCCCUGAGGUGCGCUGCGCGGCGGUCUUCGCUCUCGGCACGUUUGUGGGCAACUCGGCGGAGAGGACCGACCACUCGACCACCAUCGACCACAACGUGGCCAUGAUGCUGGCCCAGCUGAUCAACGACGGGAGCCCCGUGGUCCGCAAGGAACUGGUGGUGGCUCUGAGUCAUCUUGUCGUCCAGUACGAAAGCAAUUUCUGCACCGUGGCCUUGCAGUUCAUGGAGGAGGAGAAGAAUUACCCGUUGCCUUCUCCAGCGACCACAGAGGGGGGGAGCUUGACCCCGGUGCGGGACAGCCCGUGCACCCCCAGACUCCGCUCCGUGAGCUCCUACGGAAACAUUCGCGCCGUCACCACCGCCAGGAGCUUGAACAAAUCUCUGCAGAACCUGAGCUUGACAGAAGAGUCGGGCAGCUCGGUGGCCUUCUCCCCCGGAAACUUGAGCACCAGCAGCAGCGCCAGCAGCACCCUGGGCAGCCCCGAGAAUGAGGAGUACAUCCUGUCCUUCGAGACCAUCGACAAGAUGCGCCGAGUCAGCUCCUACUCCGCCCUCAACUCCCUCAUCGGAGUCUCCUUUAACAGUGUUUACACUCAGAUUUGGAGAGUGUUACUGCAUCUGGCUGCGGAUCCCUAUCCAGACGUUUCCGACUUGGCCAUGAAGGUGCUCAACAGCAUUGCCUACAAGGCCACGGUGAACGCCCGGCCCCAGCGUAUCCUCACCACGUCCUCACUCACCCAGUCGGCGCCCGCCAGCCCCACCAACAAGGGCAUCCACAUCCACCAGGCGGGGGGCUCCCCCCCGACGUCCAGCGCCAGCAGCUCCAGCCUGACCAACGACGUGGCCAAGCAGCCAGUCGGCCGAGACCUGCCCGCGGGCCGCCCCGGCGCCCCUGGCCCCACGGGGGUGCAGUACACGCCCCACUCCCAGCAGUUCCCGCGCACGCGGAAGAUGUUCGACAAGGGCCCAGACCAGACCACAGACGAUGCAGAUGACGCUGCUGGACACAGAAGCUUCGUCUCAGCCACGACGCAGACGGGCUUCUGCGACUGGAGUGCCCGGUACUUUGCCCAGCCCGUCAUGAAGAUCCCGGAGGAACACGACCUGGAGAGUCAGAUCCGCAAGGAGCGCGAGUGGCGAUUUCUCCGCAACACCCACGUCAGGCAGCAGGCGCGGCAGCUCAUCCAGAAGGGUAUCGCAAGACUGGACGACCAGAUAUUCCUGAACAGGAACCCCGGUGUCCCCUCCGUGGUCAAGUUCCACCCCUUCACGCCGUGUGUGGCCGUGGCUGAUAAAGACAGCAUCUGUUUUUGGGACUGGGAGAAAGGGGAGAAGCUGGAUUACUUCCACAACGGAAACCCUCGGUAUACCAGGGUCACCGCCAUGGAGUACCUGAAUGGCCAGGACUGCUCGCUGCUGCUCACGGCCACAGAUGACGGCGCCAUCAGAGUCUGGAAGAACUUUGCGGAUUUGGAGAAGAACCCAGAGAUGGUGACCGCUUGGCAGGGGCUCUCGGACAUGCUGCCCACCACCAGAGGAGCCGGGAUGGUGGUAGACUGGGAGCAGGAGACUGGCCUCCUCAUGAGCUCGGGGGACGUGCGGAUCGUCCGAAUCUGGGACACGGACCGCGAGAUGAAAGUACAGGACAUCCCCACGGGCGCUGACAGCUGCGUGACAAGCCUGUCCUGUGACUCCCACCGCUCCCUCAUCGUGGCUGGCCUCGGCGACGGCUCCAUCCGCGUUUACGACCGGAGGAUGGCGCUCAGUGAAUGCCGCGUCAUGACGUACCGGGAGCACACGGCCUGGGUGGUGAAGGCCUACCUCCAGAAGCACCCCGAGGGCCACAUCAUGAGCGUGAGUGUCAACGGAGACGUGCGCUUCUUCGAUCCUCGGAUGCCAGAGUCUGUGAACGUCCUUCAGAUCGUGAAGGGGCUCACGGCCCUCGACAUCCACCCCCAGGCAAACCUUAUCGCCUGCGGCUCCAUGAACCAGUUCACGGCCAUCUACAGCGGGAACGGGGAGCUCAUCAACAACAUCAAAUACUACGACGGGUUUAUGGGCCAGCGCGUCGGGGCCAUCAGCUGCCUGGCCUUCCACCCGCACUGGCCUCACCUGGCCGUGGGCAGCAACGACUACUACAUCUCCGUGUACUCGGUGGAGAAGCGGGCCAGAUAGCGGGCGCCCCUCCUGCCAGGCCUCCAUGUACAUAGUGGACCCGCCGCGCCACCCUCCACACUGGUCCUGACCUGCUGCCGAGGGCUCCGGGAGGCCCCUCGCUGUCUGUCUGUGCGUCUGUGGUCGCUGUCACGCCCAGGAGCCCAGGGAAGGGGGCUCUGGUAGAGUCCUGCCGUGUGACAGCCCGGGGACAGCCGCAAACGUCCCAGCACCCUUCCCGUCCUGUUUUGCUUCUGAGAUUUUUAAAGGGGGAAACACACUCGUUCUACUUGGCGAGGGACCCGAGCACUGGCUCCACGAAAGCUCCGAGACAGAAGCCGUUCCCCAGGGCUCAGCCACCCUGGCGGACGGGCCAGCGCUGGGGCUCACGUAGGUCUCUGGGUUGCUGCCUGGCCGUGAGCCAGCCUGGGCCGCAUUCCCCUGGCUGCAAGCUAGCCGGCCCGUUUUCUGCACACGCGCUCCUGGGGGGUUUCCAAGCGGGCUGGGAGAGGCGGGAGAUUCAAGAGACAGAGCCCACACGCACAGGAGACAGCCCAAGCCUCCUGCCAACCGCCAGUCCUUGCCCACGGGGGCCCUUCGUGGCCAGACCGUAGGAGGGCCGGCGCUGCCCCUCCACCACACAGCCCACCUUCCCUGCACAAGCCCCAAUCACCACAGACCCGCUAGCAGGAGGGGCCUGCGGCUUUCGACAUGUGUGGCCAGUCCUUGGCGAUUUGGCCACCACCCUUAGGCCACAGGGCCUGCCUCUCUCAAGUGCUGCUGUUCCCCAGGCAGGUGCAGUGACAGCCGCUCAGGCCUGUGGCUUCCCCAUACGGGUGUACAUGCAUGUGCAGGGCCCGUGGUCUCCACACUGGAACCAACACAGAGUAUGCACUUGUGUGGCCCCCGCGGCCUCCUCGCCUGGUGCAUCACGUGCCUGCCCGGGGGCGGAGGCAGCUGGGGCCCCGGUGCCUGUGGGUGAACGGUGGACCGCCUUUGCCGCCACUUGCUGGUGCGAGCGAAGUUCAUGUCUUGCAGUGAGUAAAGCAGAAAAGUUGCUUGGUGAUUGCGUUAGCACGUGGCAGGGCAUCUGCGCAUGUCCGCACACAGGUGUGCGCGUGUGUCUGCCCGUAUCCGGGCACCACCUCGGAGCCACGGGGACGGUUUAGCCCCAAGAAGGACAACAGGAAACGUGCUAAGCGAUUACAAACAGCGCUUGUAAAACAAAACCACAAUGAUGAUAUUCUGAAAAGCAUUUUUUCCAUUUUUCCUUGGGAAUCAAGAUUAUUCAGAUAGAGCAGUGAGCUGGCUUAACCAAUUCUGCCAAUAAGAGGCCAUAACGGGAAUGUGCGUCCCAGCGGUGACGGAAGUUUAUUGCCCUACCCAGGGGCGCCUUCCGGGGACGGCGCUGCCCGGGCUCUGCGGCCGCGGGAUGCCGGUGUGCCCCGGGAGCCGGCUCCGGGACAGGGUCCGCGCCCAGCAGCUGACCCCCGGGUGGAUGUGGUGCAGGGGACUGCACGCCGCCAGGCGGGGCCUCCUGUGCCCCCUCUCAGAACCGCCGCGCCGCGGCCCGCUGGGCCAUCCCGGGUCUGAAGCGAAAAUCCAAUCAUGGAGUUAACCGGGGCUCCACGGAGCACGCCCUGAAAGUUCGUUUAUCUCUAUUUAUUUUACCAAAUGAGAAUUGCGGAGUGAAAGAGCAAACGACAGCUGUUCAUGACAAUAAACAAGUGCAGAGGUGA